ACGCGCACGCCGCCACCAGCGCGCACUUCAGUCGACUCCCGACAGCGGUCGCGUCCACAGCAACUGCUCUCUCUGCACACUCCACAGGUGCCCACGAUGGUCCGCCGGCUGCUGCUGCUGGUGCUGAUGGUGGCGAUGGGAGCCGCCCAGCGCAGACUCGCCCUGCCCGACCCGCGCAGCUGCGCCAACCGCGUCCGGCACGCGACGUACCGCGACGCGCGUGGCGUGGCCCACGCCUACUUCUUCAGCUGGGAGCACGGGCCCACGCGCAGCCUCGAGGUGGACUGGCUCGACGCCAGGAACAUCUGCCGCAGGCACUGCAUGGACGCCGUCUCCCUGGAGACGCCUCAGGAGAACGAGUUCAUCAAGCAGCGCAUCGCCAGAGGUAACGUGCGGUACAUCUGGACGUCGGGCCGCAAGUGCAACUUCGCUGGCUGCGACAGGGCCGACCUGCAGCCGGCCAACAUCAACGGCUGGUUCUGGUCCGGCUCUGGCGCCAAGAUCGGCCCCACCAACCAGCGCAACACCGGCGACUGGAGCUACACCGGCGGCUUCGGACAGGCGCAGCCCGACAACCGCGAGGCCGCCCAGGGCAACGACGAGUCGUGCCUGUCCAUCCUGAACAACUUCUACAACGACGGCGUCAAGUGGCACGACGUCGCCUGCCACCACGUGAAGCCGUUCGUCUGCGAGGACAGCGACGAGUUGCUCAACUUCGUGCGCUCCCGCAACCCCGGCAUCCGCCUCUGAUCUGAUCUGCGCUCUCUCUCUCUCUCUCUCUCCCUCCUUCUUUUGUAUUAUUUGUCUAUAUUAUUUAAAUACACAAUAAACUAUUUUUAAUAUAUUAA